AAAGCUCCGACUACUCAACAAGCUGGCAUAAAGCUACCGAUCGACUGUUGGUAAGAACAUCGAGCGGCUGUGCGAAAAAGAAAGGCAAUCAAAUGAAGCAAACUGUGGUCCUGUCGUUGGCUGUUGUAUGCCUGUUCUGCGUGAUGCAGAGUGAGGCUAGCGUUGUACCGCUGGUGUUGGCGCCACAUGCGCCGAUUGUGGUGUCGGUGCCUUCAGUGCCGGUGGUGAAGAUUGUGCCGGUCGCUCUUGGCGGUGCUGGCGGCGCUGGUGGCAUAGGCGGCGGUGGUGGUGGUGGUGGCGGUGCACCUGGUGUACCUGGCAUUGGUGGGGGUGGCGGCGGUGGUGGUGGUGCUGCUUCAGGUGGUGGUGGCGGUGGCGGUGGUGCAGCUGGUGGUGGUGGUGGCGGCGGCGGCGGUGGUGCUGCUGGUGGUUCAGGCGGCGCUGGUGGUUCUGGUGGCCAUUAAACGGGCAUAUAUACAGACAUAACUGUAAAUAAUACUAUUGCUGCGUACAUUGGUUCACGUCUUUGAUCUUAUUUGCCUUAGUUAAUGUUCAUUUAAUCUUUUCUUUUCACAAUCACAUUUCUGUCUUUCGAGUUGCUUUUGGCAAUUGCAAGUAAAUAUUUAUGUAUAUUAAAUAUAGAUCGUAUUUCUAUGCAAAUGAUAUAUGAAAAAUAUAUGACUAAAAACGCA